CGACACUCACAGGUUAGUUCACGUGCAUUUGCUCCUCGUGAACGGUGGUACUUUCGACGGGGAAUCGUAGCAUUUGCUUCGCGUGGCUCGGGGACUCUUUUAAACCUGCGUGAAUCGUUGCUGCUGGGGCGAAGCCAUGGCAAACAAGGAGGAUCAGGUACAGAAAGCCAAACUGGCUGAGCAGGCUGAGCGCUAUGAUGACAUGGCGGCAGCCAUGAAGAAUGUCACAGUGGAGUCCUCAGUUCUCGACAAUGAGGAGCGCAACCUGCUCUCUGUCGCCUACAAGAAUGUGGUGGGAGCUAGGAGGUCCUCCUGGAGGGUGGUGUCCAGCAUUGAGCAGAAGUCUGAGGAACUUGGGAGGAAGGCACUGGCCAAGGAGUACAGAGAGAAGAUUGAGGUGGAGCUGAAUGACAUCUGCAACGAAGUACUGGAGCUGCUUGACAAUCAUCUCAUCCCCAAGGCUGAGCCUGCUGACAGCAAAGUCUUCUACCUGAAGAUGAAGGGAGACUACUACCGCUACCUGGCUGAGGUGGCCACUGGAAAUAAAAAGGACGAUAUCAUCACAAAUUCAAAAGAAGCCUACCAGCAAGCCUUGGAUAUCAGCUAUGCAGACAUGGAGCCUACACAUCCCAUCCGCCUAGGCCUCGCUCUUAACUUCUCUGUCUUCUUAUAUGAGAUCGUCAACUCACCUAGUGAAGCCUGCAAACUGGCCAAGAAGGCCUUUGAUGAUGCCAUUGCAAAGCUGGACACUCUCAACAGUGACUCCUACAAAGACAGCACCUUGAUCAUGCAGCUGCUCCGUGACAAUCUGACACUGUGGAUGUCAGACACCCAGGGUGAAGGCGAGGGCGAGGGAGAGGAGACGGAGAACCAGCAGGUCGCUCAGAACUGAACUUCAGAGAAAAUAAACAAGAAAAACACACAUUUUUUACCUCUCACCAGCCUAAGUUGUGUGUGUGGUUGUGUAUGCACAUACAUGCACGGAUAUGUAUGUUUACACUCCACUCACAAUGUGUACAGUACAGUAUGUGUGUGCAGAUACAUUGAAGUGUGUGUUAAUUGUAUGAGCACCUCCACAGAGAAAAGAAUGGAAUAGAUCUGUUACUUUGUUUUCUUUUUGAACAUUACUCAUUGUGUCAAACAGUGGAUGUUUAUUUUGUUUUUCUGUCCGUGGUUCAGUCCAGAUGAAAUCCUCCCUUAGAUCCAAAUCAGCCCCAUGCUCUUUAACCUUAUUCACUGUAGCAAACUGCUGCUGUUGCAGGAAAACACAAACAAAAAAACCUCUAACUGUAAUUUCUAUGUUUUUACUUGAACUCAACAUUUAUGAUCUUUGGGACACUUGGAUCUACAAAAUCCUUGGAAGCACGUAAACAUGUUAAAAAAAAUGGUCACAGCGGUCUGACUUCACUAAAUUUUAAGUCUCAUCUGACAAUAGUGAUCAUAUUGAUGGCAGAAUUUGCCUUGGUAAAGAUCUGUUACCAUAUUGCUUGUAUCCAUCCCGCCCUGUCAGUGUCCAGUGUAGCAGGUAGUGUUUUUAUGGAUGGUACAUGUGUCACGGCUCAGUGGGUUCUAUGUGCAUUCGGGUGUAGGCAAGGUUUUUCUGUGUGAAUGACCACUUGGGAAAACUGUAGUUAAAAGUUUGGUUGAUCAUUUUGUUGAGAGGAUUACAUUCCAUUUUACUGACAUCUUUUCACUCUCAGUGAAAUGCGUAAGCUAUAAUUUUCCUGCAAUUUUCCACAACACAUGACAAGGUAUAGUCAGCCUAAGACAAAGUGAACAACUUGACAAAAUGGCUCGAUACUGUAACUUUUGAUAUUUUAUCUUUCCAGCAGUGCAGAGGAUACUUUUGCCAUGUGCUAUUAUGUGGCUUUCUACUCCUUUUCUAUCCAGGUGUUUUGUAUUUCCUUUCUGUGUAUUUUAUUCCCUUUGACUCUUGGUUUGACUCCUGGAAUGUAUGUGGUUCUCAGUAGUAUGGUGUGAGGGUUAGCCGUGCUUUGAAACUGGCAAUUUUUGCUUAGGCUUUAGCUUGAACCAGGUGGUUUACAGUAACAUUUACCUUCCUUGAAAGUACGUCAUGAAAAGACAAACUAAAACAAUGCAAAACAUAAACUGAUUAUUAAAGUAACUUGGUAGAAAGCUGCAUUCUGACCAUUUAGUAGUCACAAAGUAGUGCCAGUUUCUUCUAAUUACAGUUAUCUUGGUUUUAAAAAGAUGGGAUGCAGGAUUCAAAAUUUGCAAGUUACACUCUGAGUACGUUACUUGGUUAUGUGCUUUCAUGUAAGUGGAAUUAAAACAUUAAAAUCAAGUGUGCUGUG